AUGCUGGGUUCUCUGGACGCUCACCGCGCCGUGCUGCCCUCCCAGAGACCACCCUCGCCGCCCCCUCACCCUCACGCCCACCAGCCCAUGCCCGACUAUGUCCACCACGACCCCGUCGGGCCGUCCCCUUACGAGGACGCCAGCAACACCACCAGCAGCGGCGGCCAAAACACCAGGGGCGACUAUCUCGCCCGCGUCGGCGGCAGGGAGCCGCUCCAGGAGUCGACGGGCAACGUCCAACACCACAGCCAACACCACUACCCCUACGGGCAGCGCGCCCUGCCUUCCCUCUCGGCGGCGUCGUCCGCCUCGUGCACCCCGAUCCUGAGCCACACGCUGUCCACGAUCCCCACGCCCCCCAUCCUGCCGACCCAGACGCUCGGGUCCACGGGGGUGCUGCCCUCGUCGUCGACGGCGUCACAGCACCAGAGGCAACAUCAGCAUCAGGGCGGCAACGGUGGUGGUGACGGGUCUGCCGCGCUGGCGGCGGCAGCGGCCGGGACGUCCGCGCUCAGGCUCCGGCGGCACCAGCUCAGCCUGCAGCGGCAGAGCAGGCACAGCAAGAACCCCAUCUACCUGUCGCCCGAGUUCUGCCAGUACCGCGUCAAGCAGAAGGACAAGGACGAGCAGAAGUGGCCGGACAUCCUGGAGGAUGCCUUUCUUGAUGCCCUGCUCCUGAUCGUCCACAUGGGCCGGCGCAAGUACCACAUGCACGGCAAGCAGCACGGGCGCAACAUGCUCAUCUGCGAGUACAUCUGGAUCGCAUGGAAGCAGCAGACGCUGCACCCCGGGGCCCCGGCGCCGCCCCAGUACACGAUGCAGGAGGUCAAGCCCUGCCAGUGCAAGCCGCCCAAGAAGCCGCACCGCGACGAUGAGCAGUGCUGGGUCAAGGUCAAGCAUGACUGGUACCGCGAGCGCAAGCAGGUCUCGAGCCACAUUCAGGUCAUCAAGAACUUCUUCCGGUUCCAUCCGGCCUACCACUUCUUCUUCUCCAAAGGCUCCGAAGAGAGCGGCAAGGACAAGAAAAAGUCGAGCCCGGGGCGGUGGUACAAGGAGAAUACAGACCAGAAGUCGUUCAAGGACGACCCGGUGCUCAACGCGCUCAAGGAGGACCGGCUGCCGGAUGUGCGGCCCAACUACGAGUACUUCGGCCAGCUGCUCAACAUGAACCACGCGGUGCAGGUCAGCCCGUCCAUGUGCUGGUUGUACCUGUCCAACGACCUGAUCCGAGACCAGUCGUCGACCGAGACGCGCUUCUACACGGACGAGGACGGCGUCAAGCGCGAGGAGGAGGUCAUCAAGGUCAAGACGUACCACCCGGAGCAGGGGCUGCUCCCGCACUGGGACUUCCCCCACCGGUACGAGUUCACGAGCGGGCGCAAGGAGUGGGGCGCCCGCGACAAGGAGGACCGCAGCAUCCGCCAGACGUUCCUGCACGAGUACAACUGGGACAUGAAGCAGACCGAGUCGAGCUCCGUGCGCGAGGUCUGCGACGAGUGGGAGGUCGACCACCCGGAGCUGCACGCCAGCCUGCAGAGCGUCAUCGAGCACCACGACCUGCAGAACGCCCACCUGCAGGCGGCCAGCCAGUGCGACAUCAUCCACAUGGACCUGACCCUCGACAUCCACGGCAUCACCAAGCUGACAAAGCUGCCCAAGGGCAGCGCCUUCCGGCCCCUCGUCAAGAUCACCGUCGCCCAGCCCGCCCUGCAGAACCACCACUGGUGCGUCCGCACGCGGCUGGAGCGGCCUCCCGAGCUGUGCUCCAACGGCAGGGGCACGACCUUCAAGGACGACCUGGAGAUGGGGUACGUGUUCACGCACGUGCGAGGUUGCCACGAUAGGAAUCCAACCUGUGACUGUCGGGACCGCCGAAGGGGCAAUGUGUGGUCAGUCCCGUUCCCGGAGGUUCAGUGGGCAGAGGCCUUGGACCUGUGCGCGACUUAUCCUCGGUACUUCCUGCCGAAGGAGAAGAAGAGCUCGAGCAGCGGGUCGAAGAAGGAUGAAGACGAUGUAAAGGAGGAGGACGUGGUCACGCAGAUGGAUCUGAUGAAGGCCACCGCCAUGUUCCAAGAGCUAUGGUCCAGCCCGCCCGCGCCACCGGGCUCACCUGACCAGCUGAACUGGACGCGGCGGGCGGUGAUUCUCUGGACCUUCAACACGAUACACUUCUUCGACAAGGAGAAGAAACUGUGCACGACGCCUGCCGGAACGAACUGGCGCUUCUUGACUGCUGUGGAUCCCCUGUCGCCAAUGCAUCAGGAGAGGAUGCUACUCAGCGGCAGCGCCGCCCAGCGAGGUGAUCGGGUUGUCAUGUCGCCGUCGCCCACGUAUCAACAGAUGCUCAACGCACAAAUGGCCGAGAAUUUCAGCUCAGCCUGGAAUGGUGGCAAUGUCCACUUGAACAUCCCGCAGGGCGGGACUCACUCCAAUCCCUCCUCGCUGCCCGUGUCUCCUAUGCCCACAUACGGGCCAUCAAAUCUGAGUCUCCAUGGGAACUUCACCAACGGUCUCGUCACCCCUCCACCAUCCGCAGCACUCACCUCGUCAUACGUGGCGGGCUUUGACGGGUCCUCGAGCAUGGGCGUGCACUCUCAGGAUCUGGCAAGCCAAAACUUGGGCUUCAUGCCAACCACAACAUCGGCAAACCCCGACGCGAGCUUCAUGACAAGCGGGUCGUUCUCGACAGAGUCUUACAUGCCUUACAACACAGGGAACAACAGUUUCUACGAGGAGCCUGAGGAUGACGAGAGCGACACGACUCUUCCAGGGUGCGAAAACACCGACCUGUCCAGCAUGGCCCCACAGCAGUGGUCCAACUUGAACAGCACUGCUCAUGCUGGCAAUAAUGCCUUGGCCCUAGACUGGAAUCACCCCGACCUCACCAGCGGGCUGUCAAUGGCUGUCAACGAAGAGGCAAGCCUGGGAGGCGAGGCGGGGACACACCCACUCGACGACAAUACGCGGCAACUACAGAAUCCAUACGACCCAUGCGCACCAGUGGUGCGUUCUGAGGCGGGGAGUCAGAGCAGAGCGCAAUCCAGCGAUCACUACCUGGCCGGGCUGCAGCGGAUGCAGGGUAAUCUCGACAGCAGGGAUCGGCUCGACCAGCACAGAACCAAUGUUACCGCCAACGACGACGACAUCUGGAACACGGCCGCGUCGACCCCCAACAAUUGCGAUGGCGGGCAGAUGGGCGGGGGCCAAGAUGCCUCGGCGCAGUUCAGCCAGUCGAGCACCGCCUGGGAUGACAGCUUCAGUCAGUUCCACUCGCAGCAGUCACAGCAGGCCCAACAGCAUCGUCAUCAUAAUGAUGGCCUGUCGAGGCCAACCUCGGAGUACUUGGGCGGGUCCAGCGGCCUCAGCCCGCUAGUGAGCCGAAAGCGCGCCAGGGAGGAGUCAGAAGGCGAUGAUGCGUACUCGUUGGGCUCAAUGGCAGGCUACGUACCUUCGGCGCACAAGAAUCUCCGUUACCGUCUUGGUUAA